AUGCAUCUCCAACGUGCCCCUUAUGUCUGCGCUCAAUGCACCGCGCAGAUCACUCGCUCCUCGUGGCGCGGCUUGACACGACCUCGGCGAGCUCACUUUGUCAAACAAACUCGUCGAUACAGCCAAGUGGUACAGAAUGAGAGACCCUUUCGUGUCGCCGUCAUAGGCUCGGGUCCGGCCGGCUUCUAUGCUGCCUAUCGCUUGCUCGCCAAGGUGGACGAAGUAGUCGUUGAUAUGUACGAGAAGCUGCCCGUCCCAUUUGGUCUGGCCCGAUAUGGUGUUGCCCCUGAUCAUCCCGAGGUCAAGAACUGCGAAGAUAAAUUUACCGAGGUCGCCACAUCCCCGCGAUUCAACUUCAUUGGCAAUGUCGAACUAGGCGCGUCUCUCCCUCUGAGUACGCUCAAGCCCCACUACGAUGCCAUCGUUUUCGCAUACGGCGCACCCAAGGACAAAGAGCUCGGCAUCCCGGGCGAGAAAGCCGCUCGGAACGUCUACUCGGCGCGGGAGUUUGUCGGCUGGUAUAAUGGCCUUCCCGAGCAUCGGGAUCUGGCUCCAGACUUGACCACUGGGGAGAAUGCUGUCAUUGUAGGACAAGGCAACGUGGCUCUGGACGUGGCCCGGAUCUUGCUGUCGGAUAUUGAUGUAUUGCGCAAGACGGACAUCGCGGAGUAUGCGGUAGAGGAGCUGCUCAAAAGCAAAAUCAAAAGGGUCCGCGUUGUGGGUCGUCGAGGACCAAUGCAGGCUGCGUUCACCAUCAAAGAGCUCCGCGAACUCCUCCAGCUACCAUCCGUAGCGUUCGACCCGGUCCCUAAGGAUCUAUUCCCUCCCGAAGAAGUCAUGUCAGCGCUGCCUCGCGCCCAGAAACGACUGGUCCAGCUCCUCGCCAAGGGUUCCACAAACGACCCGUCCACAGCACAGAAGUCAUGGUCGUUGGACUUCCUCCUCUCCCCCGAAAGCCUGCAUACAUCCCCCGAGAACGCGGCCCGCCUCUCACAUGUCACCUUCGCUCGCAACCAACUGGACACGUCCGACCCAUUUCUUGCCAGCGCCAAAGUGACCCCUCAAUAUAUUCCGACCGGCGAGCGGGCUACUGUUGACCUUCCCGCGGACGCAUUCUUCCGGAGCGUGGGAUACAAGUCGCUCGCGCUGCCGGGCAUGGAAGACCUGGGAGUCCAAUUCGAUGCACAGCGCGGAGUGAUCCCCAACGAUGGAUUCGGGCGGAUCACCAGCCGCACCGAGACCGGCGAUCGUCAGGAGCUUCCCGAUGGCUCGAUCAUCUCCCAUCUGCCCGGUUUGUACUGUGCUGGCUGGGCCAAGCGCGGUCCGACGGGCGUCAUUGCCACGACGAUGACCGAUGCGUUCACCACGGCCGAUGCCAUUGCUGCCGAUGUAAGGGGCCAAAUCUCGCUCAACGGUCCGAACAAGAGCACCGGCCUCGGCUGGGAGGGCGUUCGUCCGGAGGCCGAGAAGCGCGGCCUGCGACCCACGAGCUGGGAAGACUGGCAGCAGAUUGACCGCGCCGAGCGCGCGCGCGGCCAGGAGAAGGGGAAGACCCGCGACAAGUUCGGGCGAGUGGAGGAGAUGCUGGAUGUUGUGGCAUGA